CAAAAUGGCAAAAUACAUUCCAAAGUAGGAAAGUUCCCUCACCAAUGCCUUCACCGUUAAAUACCAAUAUAUCCUUCACACUCAAGAGACAGUCUAUAUAUACACUGUCUACAUUCAGUUGUUGCAUGUUAUAUAAAUGAACACAUAAGAAAAUAUAUUAAGUAUCCAUUUAUCUUGCCAACAACAACUUUAUUAAACUUUCCCCAAUCAGACACUAACACGUUCUCUAUACCUGAGGGUAAAAUUAGCAUGAAUGUUUGUGGCCAAGUUCUCAGCUGAGAAAACAGGUGUAGGGGGUGGCAGACUUCUGGAAAUUUGCACAGAAAAAUCUCAGAUCUCCAUUUCUACAGUCUUGGUGGGCAUAAUUUUUCUGGCAACUGAGGAUUUUUAACAGAGUUUUUCGUACUUGAUGACAGAUCAUGAGAGAACUGAACUUGCCAGGAAAAUCUGCUGCAAAGUGCCACUCUAUUAAUUACACACAAUAUUAAUUCUUCACCCUGUACUGCAGGACAACCUAUAUCCAUGCCACAGCUUGUGAUGAAGAAUUAAAAAAAACAAACAGAAUACAUCUUCAAAAGACAGAGUGAGCAGAAGACGGAUGGAGGUCACUAUGGACAAACUGUCUGACAAGAUCCUUCUACACAUCUUCUCAUUCUUGAAGCACCAAGACCUGUGCCACAUUGCCAGCGUGUGUAGAAAAUGGCGGAUGAUUGCCUAUGACAGUCGUCUGUGGCGUGUUGUCUCCCUUCGCCCUGACUAUGGCGGCCUCCAUGUGAACAACAUUGAGUCGCUGUUGGCGCUUAUUUCAGUGAGGUUUGGCUCCACGCUGCACACCAUUGAGCUUCCCUGUGAGCUGGUGACAGCACCAGUGGUGCACGAGCUUGCCAACAAGUGCCCCAAUCUGAAUUUCAUUACCUUGGAUUUCUCCAAUGCCAUGCAGCUUCAUGAUUUCAAUGACCUCAACGCCUUCCCCUGUAACUUGACAAGCCUGUGUAUUUGUCUCUCUGAGGUGAUCUUUAUGGAAGGGUUCAUGCGUAGAAUCUACAGCUGUUUGUCUUCCUUGUCUGUUCUACAUCUUAUUGGUACAUUUGAACUGUCUAAUGAUGAAGAAGAGGAGAUCUAUGAGGUCAUCAACAUCAGCAAAAUCAAAGCCCACACUCCCAACUUGCGUAUUGUCAACUUGUAUGGGAUCAGCUUUGUGGAUGACACUCAUGUUGAGCUUUUGUCCAGCAAUUGCAUCCACCUUGAGUGCCUGGCAUUGAACUUCUGUUUAAGGGUCAAGGGCAAAGCACUAAAGACCUUGACCUCCAGGUGCAAGAAGAUUAAGUGCCUUCUGCUGCAACACUGUGAUCUUAAAGACCAAUACAUGCAGGCUGUAGAAUGGGAGCACACAGUGAUAGAUGAACUGGACAUCUCCUGUACUGAGUUGUCCAGUAACUGUAUGGUUGACAUUCUGGGUAGGAUGCCUGGGUUCAAGUACCUGUCAGUGGGACAUUGUGAAUACUUCAGUGAUAAGGUGUUGGAAGCACUGAUGGAGAAAGGCAAGUUAAACCGUAUCCAGUCCAUUGAUGUCAGUCAAACAGACAGCUUGAAUGAGAGCGUCCUGCAGAAGUUCCUACGAAAAUAUGGCCCUCAGCUGGAGGGAUUAAUGGCCGCAGGGAAACCAAAGUUGGCAGAGCAGUUCUGGCUCAAUGUGAUCCCAUAUUUCAAGAAUAUGAAGAUCUGUGUGAUAGGAACAGCUAAUGGCUGGUUCUUGAAGAUAUCCACUAGAAUCCAUGUGGACAUGAUCAUGGAGACCUUUGCACAGAACUGCCCUCUGAUGGAGAGAUUGGAAGUCCAGUGGGACCCCUCCACCAUUAGGUUCAGUGACAAGAGCAGCAAGUUCAUUGACCAUAUCAGGCUGAGAUGCCCACAUCUGAUGUCCUUCACGCUAGCCGAUGGAGAAUACUACGAGAUUGUCAAGUCUAAUUUCGAGCGUGCAGACAGAAUGAAAGUGGUGAGAACGAGCACCAACUACACAACCUCCAUAGUCAGCCAGCUCAAAUUUUACAAGGAGUUGCUUUUCAACUAAGACAAAUGAAGAGUUGGAAAAAAUGCAAUAUUGGUCAUUGAAUAAGUUGUCGUUUUGAGGGG